UUCUGCUUGACCAUGCUGUUCGGUUGUGUCGAGUAAACUUAAGCGGACGUUUACUCUUCUCUCUCUUGCGGUAUCUGCGCGUUCGUCUCCAACGGAGUUUUUAAAGCUCAAUAUGAAAUUACUGUUAGCUUUCAUCAUUGCUGCAUCGAUUAUUUACGCAGAUGUACUAUGCAAGCCAGUGGACGAAGAAACAAAAUUCAUUUUACUCGAGGAAGGUGACAUGGCGCCCACUGUAUUAGACUGUGAAUAUAACCUGGAUGAUACAGAAUCAUUCCAUACCCUAAAAUGGUUUAGAAACGAUAAAGCAAUUUAUCAAUGGAUUCGUGGCUCACAGCCAGCGCCUAUUCCUGACUUCAAGAAUUACGUUGACAGUUCUUAUGAAAGCUCAAAGGAUCCAAAUAAGCAAUACAGCUCUCUAGCGCUGAUCAAUCCUACGAUCAGUUCCACGGGAGACUACAAGUGUAUCGUGCAAACACAAACGAAAACGAUAGUUGUACACAAAAGUGUGCAGGUUAUUGAUGUACGAAACUAUACAUUAAGUUUAAAACGUUAUCAGAUUCAAAACGAAACCCAACUGGAAUGCAAAGUGUCCAAUGUGUUUCCAAAGCCAAAAUUAACUAUUGAAUCUGAGGGAAUUGAUAUUACAAAGGUUUUGACUAACCCCCCAAAAGAAGACGAGGAUGGAUAUUUCAAUGCGACCACCUUUGCUGCUGUCUAUGACAACGAUGAUGACACAGACUAUCACAAGUGUAUAAUGACCUUUGAUGGGUAUCCGCAAAAUUUUACUGUUGUUGUGGCCUCCGGGUCCUCGGCCUGUGAAAGAUGUAUAGAUUUUAGAUUACUUUUAAUAAGUUGUUUACUGUACUUCUGGCUUGAGCGCCUGCAUGUUUUCAUAUAAAUAAAAUUUGUUGAGUUUUUUUGUUGUAAAAUAAA